AUGGCGUUUGUCCCUGAUUUGGACACAUUGGAGAGCGGCAGCCUGAACGAGGAGACAUUUUAUGACCCCGACUGCCUCUGCCCGCAGAAGGUAAUGCUGGGGCGGUGGGAAUGGCCCCGGGACCCGUGUGAUGGGGAAGCCAGGCUCUUACCCCAUGUCCCCUUCCCUCCUCAGAAACCCUGCCUGGACUCAGAGGUGACAUUACCCAGAGUGGGCAUCCAGUUGACAGUGACCAAGGAACACCCCACCACCAGGACCUUCCGCCAGGCUGCUGUGCUUGUGGUGGCUGUGACAAAGCUCCUGAAGCAGCCGGCACACAAGGACUUCACCGACAGUGACCUUGGGGGCUUCCUGGAUGGUAUUUUUGAGCCUGUCUCCUUCCAGCAGAUCGAGAGCAGCUACACUGGGGCUCCCGUCUACCGCUACACCCGCUCCCAGUCCUUCGACAUCCUCGACAUUGACCAAAAGUGCUUCGUGCUGGAGUCGCCCACCCAGCUGGUGGCCCUGCACCUGCAGGGACCCUCUGCUGGGCGGAAAGUGAAGCUCAAUAUCGCUCUGUACCGUCCCCGGUUAUCGCAGGGUGGCCCAGGAACCGGGCGGAUGCCGGUGGCUUUGGGCAUCAAGGGCUACCAGCUCUACAUGUCAUGUGUGAUGAGUGGUGCUGAGCCCGUGCUGCAGCUGGAGGAAGCCGAUAUCAGGAGGGACAUCGAAAGCACGGAGCUAACCCGCUUCAUCUUCUACCGCCUGGACAGCCCAUCCGAGGGGACCACCCGCUUCGAAUCGGCUGCCUUCCCCGGCUGGUUCAUCUGCACCUCCCUGCAGCCCCGCCAACCCGUCAGCAUCACCAACCAGCCUGACCAGGUCAACAUUGCCACCUACGAGCUGAGCAGGCGCUGA